AUGGAAUAUAUGUUAAAUGGAGAUCUUCAAUCAAUGCUCGAAGCUGACGUUCAUUUUACAUUUGAAGAGCAAUUAAGAUUUGCGUUCCAUAUUCUACAGGCAUUGUAUUAUCUCCAUUCGCGCGGUAUUUCUCAUAGAGAUUUAAAACCUGAAAAUAUCUUAUUUGAUCAAAAUUUCAAUCCAAAAAUUGCAGAUUUCGGUCUAUCCAGAGAGAAUUCAUCCAAUUUAUGUACAUUUUGCGGAUCACCUGCAUUUAUGGCCCCUGAAGUCAUUCAAGAAACCGAAUACGAUGGACGAAAAGCAGAUAUGUGGGCUUUUGGUGUCACAUUAAAUAUUUUGGUAUCAAGAAGAUACCCUUGGAAAAAUAUUUCCAAUGAAAUGCAAUUCAUUCAUGCAAUAAAGCAUAAUAAACUUGAAAUUGAGAUAGAUCAGCAUGCAAUCAUUGGAGAUUUACUAACAAAUUCGUUAGUAAUUGAUCCAAAUGCCCGUGCAACAAGUUCUUAUCUUUUAGAUCUGAUUGCGAACAGACAAAAGAACAAAUGUUUCAUCAGUAAGUUAGAUUUCCAAAGAAAAGAAUAUCAGGGCCAAUUUCUUCCACCAUUGUAUAUUAAGAAUAACAUGUCGUCAUUCUUUAACAAUAACAAUGGUAUUGGAAAACGGCUGAAGAAAUAUAAUCUAGUUGUUAGAAAAAGAGUUGUAGAAAGUUGUAUGAAUUACAAAUAA